AUGCUGCUGGGGCACAGCAAGGGCGGCGUUGAUGCUGCAGCUGCAGCUGCAUUGUCAAUCUACUUGUGCGAUUUGAAAGACAAAGUUGCUGGUUUAGCACUGGUACAGAGCCCCUAUGGUGGCACACCCUUGGCUUAUGAUAUUCUUCGAGGCCAGAUUGCGGACAAAGAAACCCACAGGAUCAUGGAGCUUUUGAUAUGCAAGCUAAUUAAGGUCAUAGCACCAAUUCCUGAUCUUGUUGAAAAGGGUGACAUUCGGGCAAUGGAGGAUCUUACUUAUGAGAAGCAAAAGGAGUUCAUCAUGAAGCACAAGCUGCCAUUUGAGCAAAUUCCUCUAGUUUCUUUCCACUCUGAGGCAAGCAUAGCCCCCUGUAAAUAG